AUGCAUCCACGAUUUUCCAAUCUUCUCGACGCUUCACCGGAGCCUGAAAACAAUGCAGUUGCCUCCUCUUCUCUGUCAAAGCCACUAUCAUCCAAGCCUAAACCCAAAUUCGUGACGUCCACUAACAAAGCCAAGAAGACUUCACGUUCCAAGUCCACAUCAAUUCACUCCUCGGAUGAUGGCUAUCUUAUUUCAACCUCUUCCCCUGAAGGCAUAGCUGCUGCAUCUCAGAUUACUCCUGGCAGAAUUGCACGUAUUCUCUUGUCAGAAGGUCCUUUGCCAAUUCGUCACUUAACGGCCCAACUCGUCGCUCAGGUUCCUUCGUUUGGCCAUUUAUCCCUUUCCAAGCAAAGAAGGCUUAUAAUGACAGCUAUGGACUCUGGAGACUCUGGCCUCUGCUGUAUUUUUGAUAAAAUCGGCUGGGGUCAAUGGGAAGCAAAGAUUGUCACUCGUGAUGAGUUCAAUAAACGUGCUGCCGCUUCGGCUGCUGCGGCAGUUGCUUCAUCCUCAUCUUCAGGAAAUUCCCCUUCCACAGUCAGUAAUAACGCCUCAUUAUCUUCCAAUACUAUUCACAGAAGAAAAAACAGCAAUCGUGAUUCAGCCAGUCCUGGUGAACGGUCUAAUGCUCUGAAAGCGAUAAAAAAGGAACCCCGUCAAAGCUCACAUUCCCCUGUAGGAGGAAAGCUUGGUUCCAGUCUCACCUCUACUUUACGUAGAGAGUCUAUCACAAAUCCCAAAACAGAUCUGCACAAUACCAAAGUGCCCAGAUCUCCAAGCCUAUUACCCUUACAAAGCCUUAGAAACUCUUUCAAAGCGCACAAUCUGUCAUUGGAUGAAGCUAUUGAGUCUUCAUCGGACGAGGACGGUGGUGAGGAGGCCUUUGAAUUAAACAGUCAUGGUUCCGCGUCCUCCGGUUCUUCUCCGGGUAACGAGGAAAAUGGCAUAUUCAAUUUUGAAGAUCAGCAACAGCAGCAAAGAAACAAAAAGGUUCCCAGGAGCAGCUCCCUGUCUAGCUCCAAUAGUAGGAGACCUUCUUUUAGAGGUGUUGCAAAACCGGGAAGAAAGCCAAGAUCAUCGUUCACCAGCCACUCUAUCGAGGCUGCCCUAGAUGAAGGUGUCAUGGAGAAUAGACGACCUUUGAUCUCAUUCUCAAAUCCUUCCAGCAUACCUAGGCAAUCGUUUUUACGUACUAGUAUUUCCCCUAGAACGAAUCCAAUAAUGAUGCACGAACAAAUGAGUUCCUUAUCUAUAGCAUCGUCCGUGGCAUCUAAUGAAAAAAGCAGGAGUCCUGGACCGGUGCCUUCCCUACCGACAAAACCACGGAAGGGUAGUGUCUUGGCUGGAACUCACAUAGAGGGAGAUACCGAUGAAGAAGAUUGGGAGGCCAUUGGGCCUAAGUCUCUACGAAAGGGUAACCACUCUGCGGACGGUACCAACGACGAAAUCAUACCUCAGGGAAAGGACAAGGAAAUGACGGCUGCCAUUGCUUUGAUUAACCUUCGUACUGUCAAUUAG